AUGCGCUUAUAUCUCAGUUUGGCAUUGUUGUGGUCGUUGGCUGCGGCCACCAUCUUACAGAAUGGCCAAGUGAAGGAUGAUCCGUACCCAGGACAGGCACCUGUCAUCUCCCUCGAUGACUCCUGGCGGAACUAUGCAGCAGACGCGCCGGAGAUAGCAUACAAGGGUCGAUGGGAUAGUCAACAUAUUUCAUGGUGGUCAGCCCCUGGGAUUAAGCUUCAGUUCUCGGGGAAUAAGCUCGCAAUUAGCUUUGGCCCAUCCACAAGUGAUGGCGUGCUGAUUGCAUACCGACUUGGAUCCCUUGACUGGCAGUUUUCCAAUGUGACUGCUGGCGCUACUUACCAAUUUAUCGGUCCCUGGACAGAGCUGGCUGAAGAUGUCAUCGACACACCGAAAGACUUUGAGAUGAGAGUUCAAAUUGCUGGUGUAUCUAUCGCCGAUGCCGCUCAACUCACCAUCCCACCACGAUUCGCCAAAAAGGUGGAAGUCAUCGGGGGAUCAAUCGCUUCUGGCCAGUAUGGUUCUUACGAAACGCUGUCGUCUUGGGCCUACCUUUUUGUGUCAGGUCUAGGCAAUGUUGAGCACACCCUCACCUCAUAUGCCGGUGUCUGUCUGGUUGACAAGCAGUGUUAUAAUGGAGACGCGCACGGAAUGACGUGGUACUGGCAUCGCGCGUCAGACCCCGGCAGUCGAGCCCAUCAAUUUUACGGCGAUGAGCCCGAGAUCUUCGAUAACUCAGCCGAGCAACCUGCUGAUCUCGUCAUCAUCCAACUCGGUGGAAACGACCACCGCCACCCGAACGAAAUCCCACCUCGAACUUUCUACCAUGCCUACGUGGACCUAAUCGAGGACAUUCACAAUACCUGGCCACAUGCUGUCGUUCUCAUCAUGUCCCAAUGGGGAGUCUGGGAAAAACAAGGAUUCUCCUACGUUCCAAACAUGGUCUACGAGGAAGAGGCUAAGCAAGUUCACGAACACUUCCUGGAUCGUGGAUUCGUUUACUAUUUCGAUACCACUGGUAUCCUCCAGCACAACGACAUCAACCCGAAGAACCAUCCAACAGAUGUGGGUCAUAUCAAGCUGGCUAGCCAUCUGCUGCAGUGGACAAAGCUGGUUUUGAGGUGGAACCUUGAGCCGAAGGGAGAAGUGCAGCAUGGCACGCUGUACUGGAACGAUCAGCAGGAAUACUAA